CUCGCUCGGCUGGCCGGGCGCGUCCGUCGGCCUGGAUCCAUCUGCCUGCCUGCGCGCGAGUGCGGCGGUUCACUCGAUCCAACUCUAUCUUGGCUGACGUGCCGCUCCCUCCAUCGGCUCGGCCCAGUCAACCCGCCCCCUCUGCCUUCGCUCCAUACUAUACAGCGGCAGCCACCAGUGCUCCUCCCCACCCCACCCCCCGCUCGCGCUCACUCCUUGGCUCGCUCGGUCAGUAGUGGUAGGCCGGCAGGAAGGCUCCCGCUCCCGGCCCACUCACAGCUGCCUGCCAUCGACAACGCGCGCGCGCGCACGGGAGCGUGCGGUGUCCGCUGUUUCCAUGGCUCCAUCCCGCGCCGGCGCCGGCGCCGUGCUGCCCGUGGUGGUGGCGCUCCUCCUCGGCGUCGCCGCCACCACCGGUGGCGCCAGGAAGAUGGCGUCCCACGGCGAGGUAAAGAUUGGUUUGAUGAAACCCAGAAGGGGAUGGAAAACCAAGAAAAAUCGAUGAAGGGUGGGAGACUGGACGAAGGGAUGAUGGGAAUAAAAUUGGGCGCGAAUCUCAAGGCAUCUCCUGGCGCGCCUGCGGCCGGCGGCUCGGCGGACCAGUUCCGGGGGAAGGCGCGGCUGCCGAGCUUCGCCGCGCCGCGCCGCUACGAGCUCUUCCUCCGCCCCGACCUCGUCGCCUGCACCUUCUCCGGCUCGGUGGCCAUCUCCGUCGCCGUCUCCGCGCCCACCCGCUUCCUCGUGCUCAACGCCCUCGACCUCUCCGUCAACCGCACCUCCAUCCGCUUCCAGGCUUUGGAGCCCACGGAGGUGGUGUUCUUCAAGGAUGACGGUGUGUUGGUGCUCGGGUUCGCCAAGCAGCUGCCCCUCGGCGAGGGCCUGCUCAAGAUGGACUUCAACGGCAUUCUUAACGACCAGAUGAGAGGCUUCUACAGGAGUAAGUACCAGUAUAAGGGGAAAGAGAGAAACAUGGCGGUGACGCAGUUUGAGUCUGUGGAUGCGCGGCGGUGCUUCCCCUGCUGGGAUGAGCCCGCAUUCAAGGCUAAGUUCAAGCUAACACUUGAAGUUCCAUCUGAGCUGGUAGCACUGUCCAACAUGCCAGUAGGUAACGCGACAUUUGCUGGUCCUAUCAAAACUGUGCGUUACCUGGAAUCGCCACCUAUGUCAACUUAUUUAGUGGCCAUAGUUGUCGGUUUGUUUGAAUAUGUAGAGGGUAUGACAACAAAAGGCACGAGAGUUCGUGUGUACACUCAAAUUGGUAAGAGUAACCAAGGGAAGUUUGCACUAGAUGUUGGAGUGAAGUCGUUGAAUCUCUAUAAAGAUUACUUUGACACUCCUUUUCCACUCCCCAAGUUGGAUAUGGUUGCUAUCCCCGAUUUUGCUGCUGGAGCCAUGGAGAACUAUGGAUUGGUCACUUACCGGGAAGUAGCUUUGCUUUUCGAUGACAAGUCUUCAUCAGCAUCCAGCAGACAGAGUGUUGCAAUUACUGUGGCACAUGAAUUGGCUCAUCAAUGGUUUGGCAAUCUUGUAACCAUGGAAUGGUGGACUCACUUGUGGUUAAAUGAGGGAUUUGCCACAUGGGUGAGCCAUCUAGCAGUAGAUUCUUUUUUUCCACAAUGGAAUAUCUGGACACAGUUUCUCGAUAGCACAACCACUGCUCUCAGGCUGGAUUCACUAGAGGCGUCUCAUCCCAUUGAGGUUGAAAUACACCAUGCCAGUGAAGUUGAUCAGAUUUUUGAUGCUAUUAGCUAUGACAAGGGUGCUUCUGUUAUUCGCAUGCUACAAAGUUACCUUGGCGCAGAGCGUUUUCAGAAAGCGAUGGCUUCAUAUAUGAAGAAAUAUGCAUUCUCAAAUGCUAAAACCGAGGACCUGUGGGCUGUUCUUGAAAAGGAAACUGGUGAACCUGUCAAGGAUUUGAUGACUACAUGGACGAAGCAAAAAGGUUAUCCUGUUAUUAAUGCGAAAAUUAAAGGGGAUGACAUAGAGAUUGAGCAGGCCCAGUUUUUGUUAGAUGGGUCCUCUGGCUCUGGCAUGUGGAUUGUCCCUAUAACUUCAGGAUGUGGUGCAUAUGAUACACAGAAAAAGUUCUUGUUGAAACUUAAACGUGAUAAGAUGGUCAUUGGUUCACAAUGUGGUGACCGAAAGAAGGGUGGAAACUUUUGGACUAAGUUGAAUAUAAAUGGAACUGGAUUUUACAGAGUUAAAUAUGACGAUGAGCUUGCAGCUGCACUUCAAAAUGCGUUGGAGACAAAGAAGCUCUCACUAAUGGAUAAAAUUGGCACUGUGGAUGACUUAUAUGCGCUUUCUAUUGCCCGCCAGCAAACAUUUGCGUCGUUGCUACGUUUACUCUACGGUUAUCGUGGGGAAGCUGAUUAUAGUGUUCUUUCACACAUAAACACUGUAACCACAAGUAUAGCUAAAGUAUCUGCUGAUGCUACUCCUGCCUUGGCUGGUGACAUCAAACAACUUUUGAUCAAGAUUCUUUUGUCACCUGCAGAAAAGUUAGGCUGGGACCCCAAGAAGGGUGAAAGCCACCUGGAUGUAAUGCUUAGACCACUGCUGUUGACUGCACUUGUCCAACUUGGACAUGGUAAGACCAUUAAUGAAGGAGUUAGGCGCUUUAACAUCUUCACACGUGAUCGCGGCACUUCUCUUCUUCCUCCGGAUACUAGAAAGGCCGCAUACCUUGCUGUGAUGCAGAAUGUUAGUAGUUCAAACAGAUCCGGUUAUGAUGCUCUCCGAAAAAUCUACAAGGAGUCAGCUGAAGGGGAGGAAAGAUUACAAGUCCUAGGCAUAUUAUCUUCUUGCCGGGAUAAGGGUAUUGUCCUUGAAUCACUGAAUUUAAUUUUCACUAAUGAGGUUCGCAAUCAAGAUGCAUAUAUUCUCCUUAGAGGUAUUCAACCAGAGGCACGUGAAAUUUCGUGGAACUGGUUGAAGGAAAACUGGGAGCGCAUCUCAAGGACGUUUUCCGGGAGCUUGGCGGCGAAUUUUGUUAAAAACAUUGUUCCAUUGUUCACCUCCAACGAGAAGGCGGCAGAGAUCUCCAAGUUCUUUGCAACGCGCACAAAGCCCGGAUUCGAGAGGACGCUGAAGCAGAGCCUUGAAACCGUGCGGAUCAGUGCGAGAUGGGCCGAGGGCAUCAGGAGCGAGCCCGGGCUUUCACAGACGGUGCGCGAGCUCCUGGCCAAGCCCUGACGUGCUGCAGCUAGAGUGCUAGGUUACAGUUGUUGUUGGCAAUAAGAAUGCAUUUGUGCCUUAUCAUGUGUGGAAACUGUGGUUUGAGAUGAUAUUUGGUUGUACAUUUGUAGUGGUGGUGGUAGUGAGUCAGCUGAUGCCAGUUUGUAGCCAAAUCAUUGAUUGUUAUGCAUAUGGUGCAAACGGGUUGUAUGAAGAAUGAUAAUGUCAAGGAGGAACUAGGUAGCAUAUCCAUUAAAAGGAAAUUCAGGCAAAACAAAGAAAAUUUUGGCAAAGCUCCAA